GGUUAAACUUCAAAUAAAUAACAAACAAACAGGUGCACAUAUGGGCUUUUCGGCCCAAAACCAGCUAAAAGCUUGUUUGGAAUUGCUCUAAUUUUCAAAAAGCCCAUACCCUCCCCUCCUUCCUUCCUUAAUCCUUCCUGGCGCGGUGGUCUAGAAUCACCAAGAAAAAACCAAAAACCGACUGCAGUUUGCUUUGCUCCUUUCUUUAUCAAGAUCGAGAGAGAGAGAGAGAAAUCGAUCUAUCUAUCUAUCGAUUGGCUGGUGAUGGGAUCAAUGAAAAUGGAAGAUGUGUCUCUGCCCACUCUCUACGACCAGGCCCGCAAAAUUACCCUUCUUGCAACCGAUUCCACGCUCGACAAGGAAACCUUGAGAAAAGGCUGCGAAGCUUUGCAAAAAUGCGAGGAAAUGAUUAGCAAAUUAGGUUUGUUUUCCACCAACGAGACCAAGGACGAAAUCAGCACUACAAAUCUCAAGUAUAUUCUGGUCCCCUUCUAUCUUGCUGAAUUGAUAGAGAAGACUGGACACGAUGACGACAGGAUACAGAUUCUCAAGGCAUCACAAGCCAAGCUUAAGGAAUUUCUUUCAUUUUGUGAUGCAAUGGAGCUUCUACCUGAAGAUGAAUCUCUACAAGAAAGUCAGAAUACGGCCCUCGACAGGAGGGCUAAGAAGAUUGCUCGGUUUAAGCGUCAACGUGCUGCCGAGUCAAAGCUCUUGGAACUAAAGGAACGCAAGGAAAGACGUGGACGCUCAACUAGAGCUGCCGCCCUAUCUACUCCUGUUGAUGCAGGAGAUGAUGAUGUGCUGGAUGAUGAUGGUGAAGAAGAAAGGGAGGCAUGGCUUACUACAAUCUCAUUGGCUAUCUGCAAGGCUCUUGAUCUUAUGGAAAUGCUGAAGAAAGAGGAGGAAAUGCUUUCUGCAAUAAAGGAAAAACAAGAGCGGGAAGGAGAUAUUGAAAUUUCAGAGGCUGUUCUUGAAGAACGUGCAAAGACUGUAGAAGACUGGCACCGCAAUGCUGCUGCUAGAGCUCGAUACACCAAAGCAGCAGCACCUAUUACAUGUGCCACUUUUGCUCAAGAUGUUUUGGAGGGGAGAGCUAAGGUUUCACAGGCACAUGAUCACAAACACCAACCACUCAUGUUUGGACCCGCUAGUCUUGUGGGUGGAAGCAUAACAAGUGAAAGAGAAAGGAUCGCUGCACAGGUUUUCCAACCUGGUCACAGAUUGCCAACGAUGAGCAUAGAGGAAGCUGGGUUGAAGGAGAUGGAGAUGAUGAAUAAAUGGCAAGAGAAUACUGCUAAGAUGAUAGAAGAAGCCAAUUCGUCGUGGCACAAUGACAAGUGGAAGCCAAGAGCAGGUGGCGCUGAUGACGAUGACGACGAUGAUGAAGAUGACGAGGCUGCCCAAGACAGGGCGAGGGCCUUUGAUGAUUGGAAAGAUGAAAACCCUCGAGGUGCGGGAAACUCAAAGCUCACCCCUUGUGGCUAGGUAUUCAUUCCUCUGUUUUCUGCCAAAACUGAAGUGGUGCUGAUAUGUUGUUACUCAUUAGGCAUCAUUUGAGGAUAGACGUGUGUAAUAGCGAGCUUGACUUUAUGCAAACCGUAUAAAACAAUGUUGUGUUAUGGCAGUAUUUAUUUCCAAACAAUGGUGUCUUUAGGUGUAGGGGAUACGGUUCCCUAUCUCUUCUCAGUUAUAUACAAGUAAUAAUUAAGGUAUUCAUUAUAAACA